AGCAUAGCUACAGAGUCUCCCUUUGUCUCAGUCAGUUUGUUCAGAAACUCCACAAACUCCACCACAGACACAAGCUUCAUACAGGAUUUAUUUUCCUCACAGAUUAUUUGAGUGAAAAAGAGGGAAAAUGCCGUCUCAUAUUAUGCUCUCCUACCAGUGGGACGACCAAACUCUGGUGAGGAAGAUAUACAACCGCCUCAAAGACGAUGGUCUGCCAGUGUGGAUGGAUAUCGAAGGAGGGGUGACGGGGAACAUCAACGACUCGAUGGCUGCAGGUGUGGAGGAGGCUGUGGUGAUCUGUCCGUUCCUGACUCCAGCUUACCAGGCCUCCCGCAGCUGUAAGAAAGAGCUCAACUACGCAGACACCAGGGAGGUCAUCAUGGUGCCGGUCAUGGUGGCCAACAACUGGGAGGCCAGUGAGUGGCUGGGACUGAUCACUGCAGGCCUGCUGUGGUCGGACUUUAGAAAUGCAGAGAAGGAUGAGGAGAGCUUUGAGAUGUGCCUCAGGUCUCUGGAGGAGGAGAUCAUGUUUAACGCCGGUCACCUCCUGGCAGUUGAAGAACCGCCAAGCGAGGAGGUGGAUCAGCCAGAACCACCGAAACCCAGACUGAAGAAGAAACCGGGACGAGGGUUUCGCCAUGCUCUCUCAAAGCUCUACAUCCUUGACUCGGGUGAGCGUGAUGAGCAGAUAAUCCACCCAACUGGUGACACCAGAAACACGGUGGAGCUCAAUGAGACAGCUGGAGAUCAAUGUUACUGGGAGGAGAUUAAGGGUAACGGCUGCAAGUACUACAGGAACGUUGUCACCAACAGAUACCUCGGGUUUGACCCCAGCAGGAACCACGUCCACUGUGAGGCCAGCCCGUCUGAAUGUGAAGAGUGGCUGAUGUUGGUGGAUCAGACGGACCAGAGCCACCAGAGAGCCGUCAUCAUCAAGAACAAACACUCGGGGCGGUUCCUCGCCGUCCAACAUGGCCACUUUACCGGACUAACGUCAUACAAUGAAGACUGCAAAUGGUAUUUGGAGUAAAACGGGACAAUGUGCUCGCUUCUGUCAAAGACACAUUAAGAAAAAAGCAGUACCAAACAAAACUUGAUGGGUGUAUCUACAACAGGAGGUUU